CUCUUCUUUGAUACUCAUUCAACAACUUUCUUUCUAACCAAGCACACACUUUUGUAAGACUUCUUCAACACCCACUAUAUAACGCUCCUUAUAUAUUUAAUCAACAUGGAACCCUCUUCCAAUCAUGACAUUGCUAAGCCUUCUUCACAUCCCUUCAUGUCCUUCAGAGGGACACCACUCCUCAUGGAUGCCCUCGAUUUCUUCCCUCAGAAGAGUAAAGAGACUGAAGAUGAUGACGAUGAUGAUGAUGCCGAUGACAUUGAUCAUCAUCAUCAAAAUCUCGACUUUCAUGUAGAUACCAGUUUGGAUCUCCUUACCAAGAACACCAGUGGCAACAGAUCAAUUGAAGAAAAUGAUGCAUUGGAAACUAUGGAUGAAAAGAGGUUUGUAGCUUUGGUAACUGAACUGCACCAAGUGAAUGCUGAAAAUCAAAGAUUAAGAGAGUUGAUCGAUCAGAUGAACAAUAACAGCAAUGCCGUACGCAUGCAGCUUAUCAAGAUAACGCAGAAGCAGCAUAACCAAGGGAACAAUGGAGUGAGUGGAGAGAAAGAAGAGAUGGUUGUUCCAAGGUCAUUUUUAGACAUGGGUGUGGCUGAAAAGGAUGAGGCUUCGCAGCAAGUGUCUGAGGAAAAACUGAGAGAAAGCAAAAGCGUGGUUGAUUUGAUUCAUCGGUGUAAGGGUAGUGAGAAAGACAUUGAAGAUAAGUUGGAUUGUGUGAGGGAAAGCUCAAAAGCUAGAAUGGAAGGUGACCAAGAACUUUCUAACAAAGUUCCUAAAUUGGAUCAGAGUUCAGAAACCUUGUCAAUGAUCAAGAAAGCCCGUGUGUCAGUUCGAGCAAGAUCAGACUCCACAAUGAUUGCAGAUGGAUGCCAAUGGCGAAAGUACGGGCAGAAGAUGGCAAAAGGGAAUCCAUGUCCAAGGGCCUAUUAUCGUUGCACAAUGAGUACUGGUUGCCCAGUGCGUAAACAAGUGCAAAGGUGUGCAGAAGAUCGAAGUGUGUUGAUCACUACAUAUGAAGGGCAACACAACCAUCCACUUCCUCCCACAGCUCAGGCAAUGGCCUCAACCACUUCUGCAGCUGCUUCAAUGCUUCUUUCUGGAUCAAUGCCAAGCUCAGAUGGCCUAAUCAAUCCAACCAUUUUGGAAAGUGCUUCUCUUCCAUGCUCUCAAAACAUGGCUACUCUCUCUGCCUCAGCCCCAUUUCCCACCAUCACCCUUGAUCUCACUCAAAAUGCUACCAAUUCCUCACAGCACCAAAGGGAGCCACAGAACCAACUCAGCCUCCUCUCUCCCCUUUUGGCUCAGAAGUUCAUGUCAGUUCCAAAAUUAUUUGGACACUCACUUUGUGAUCAAACUAAGCUUGCUGGGUUACAUGAGUCUCAGGGAAUGGACACUGCAGCUCCAUCAUUUGCUAACUCACUCAAUGCAGCAACUGCUGCUAUCACUGCAGACCCCAAUUUCACUGCAGCACUUGUCGCAGCCAUAACAUCUGUCAUGGGGAGUUCGCAUUCAAACACCGGUGGCACCAGUAAUACAACUGGGGAUGAUCAGUGCAAUAAUAAUGCGUGAAACCUAAUCCAAAUAAGAUCACGUUAGACAUCACUCACUGUGAACUUUCACAUCUCAACUAUAUAAUCGUCAUGAACUUUGAUUUAGUAGCUGUGAUUUCCUUCAGAAAUUGGUUUAGUUGAUUGUUUUCUUGUUCAAGAUAGGUAUAGAUUCUUUUAGUUGGUACAUUUCAUUCAUACGAAGAUCUUAAUCACUAUAUCAUAGUCUUCUUUAUUUGAAAUUGUUAUCUCAAUAAUGCAUUCUGUUUUUAAUGCUUUUAGAUUGGCCAAA